GCCAAAAUGAAGGUCUAAGGCCAUCCCCGUCGGCAGGGUCCCACCUCCCCCAGCAGAGCUCAGAGCAGCUCCAGGAGGAGCCCUCAGCCAGCUCUCCAAGACAGAUCAGAUUUAACCCCACGGCGCGACACAUCGUCAUUAACGAGCACAAGGACGUCACGUUUAAUUGCUCCAUCAGGGUGCCCCAGGUGCUGCUCAGGCCCGACGCCCCCAGCAUUUCCCUGUGGAAGGAUGGGAGGGAGCUGCACGUGCUGGACCGUGUGGCCACCAGCCACUUCGAGAUCUCCGACGGGGAGGAGGUGGCCAUGACCUCCACCUUCAGCAUCCUGGACGCCCAGCGCUCGGAUAACGGCUCCUACGUCUGCAAACUCAACGUGUCUGGCCUGGAGCUGGUGUCAGAUCCCAUCUCCGUGCAGCUGGAGGGGCUCCCACACUUCAUCCAUCAGCCAGAGAAGCUGAAUGUCACCAGGAACAGCCCUUUCAACCUCACCUGCCAGGCCGUGGGGCCGCCCGAGCCCGUGGAGAUCUACUGGUUCCGCAACAACGUGCGAGUCAACGAGAAGCCCCACAUCUCCCACUCAGUCCUGACUGUGCCAG